CGGGUAUAAGUAUCACGAUCACGCGCGGGCUGUAGGACUCAGUUACCCUCUCUACCUGAACCCUCGCCGACCGAGAACGCGAAUUUACAGAGACAAGAUGAUGUUUCUGGUAAUUUUUGCCCUUGUGGGAGUCGCCACUGCAGAUGAUUGGCAGUGCACUACCAGCGUUGCAGCUAACGGGCAGCACGGACAGUGCGCACACGUCGACACCUGUCCGUACCACUACUUCGUCUCCAACAAGUGUCCCAGCUACGGAAAUGACGUCAAGUGCUGCUACAACUGCCACCUGGGCGGAUGUUCUACGUCCGGCGGCGGUUCAUCAGGAGGCACCUCUGGGAGUGGAAGUGGAGGAUACGGAAACAUCAUGGAAGUGGACACUACUGGAGCAAGCGGCCAAACGGCUAGCCAAGAUAACAUCUGGUACAGCGGUGUUGGCGCCUCCCACCAGCUGGCCAGUAACGACUUGGGCCGCCUGAACAACUACAAAUCGCAGAUUUUUGACGCUGCAAACGCCAAGAACAUGGACGCCGCCGUCAUCGCCGCCAUCAUCAGCCGUGAGUCACGCGCAGGCGCAGCACUGGCCGCCGACGGAACAGGGGAUAAUGGGAACGGAUUCGGGCUCAUGCAGGUGGACUACCGUUACCACACUCCUGCAGGUGGUCCGUACAGUACCGAGCACAUCAAACAGGGAACUCAGAUCCUCAUCGACACCAUCAACUGUGUGAAGCGCAACCACCCGAACUGGGAUAACAACAUGACUCUCAAGGGCGGAAUUUCCGGGUACAACGCCGGCUGUGGUAACGUGCAGACUUACGCCGGGAUGGACGGCGGCACUACCGGAGAGGACUACGCCAAUGACGUCGUCGCGCGCGCCCAGUGGCUGAAGGGACAAGGCUUCUAGCUUCCUCGCCGUCACAAACGCAGCAUCAAUCUUGCGAUUUAGAUGCAUAUGAUGAAAGAAUAGCUGAAAAUGAUCUUCAAAUAAAUCUACUAUCUGAAGAUGA